CAUUAUCGUCCUUGACCUUAAAAAUGGGAAGCCGCAUUUUUUCUGUUUUUGGUCGAAAAAUAGCUGAUACAAGCAAAUGCUUUAGACAGAGUCGCAAAUUCUGCACAAGCAAUGCUACUUCAGACAUCUGUGAUGUCUCGCUAUCCACUCCACCCCCAGGGUUCCCUACUCCAGCCUAUGCCAUGAGCUCCAAACAGAGACACGAGACCAAAGUAACCACAUUACCCAAUGGACUCCGGGUUGCAUCUGAAAAUACAUUUGGACAAUUUUCUACUGUAGGAGUUGUAAUUGACUCUGGCUCUAGAUAUGAGGUCAACUAUCCAAGUGGAGUCUCACAUUUUAUAGAAAAGCUGGCAUUUGGGGCUACAUCUAACUAUGAAAGCAGGGAUGUGAUAUUACAAGAACUCGAGAAACACGGAGGAAUAUGUGAUUGCCAGGGCUCUAAAGACACCUUGAUCUAUGCCAUAUCAGCAGAGACAGCAGGUCUCAGUAAAGUCCUAGAUGUUCUCUCAGAUGUAGUGCUACGACCUAAGAUCUCACAAGAAGAGAUUGAGGAAUCUCAGAGAGCCAUCUAUUUUGAGCAUGAGUCCUUAGAGUUGAUGCCAAACCAGGACCAGCUCUUAUUCGAACUUAGUCAUGCUGCAGCAUACAGAGAUAACACACUAGGAUUGCCAAAAUUGACCCCACUAGACAAGAUUAGUCAGAUAGACAGGGGUAACUUACUGACAUUCAUGCACAACUACCAUAGUCCAGAGAGAAUGGUACUUGCAGGUGUAGGAAUGGAGCACGAUGUCUUGGUAGAAAUGGCAAAGGAAUAUUUUGAACAAAAGACCCCAACGUGGACGAGUGAACAGAAUAUUAUCAAUCCAAAUCAGGGUAUUGAUACAACAUAUGCACAAUACACAGGAGGUCUAGUCAAGGUGUCAAAAGACUUGUCAAAUGUUAGUCCAGGGCCGAAUCCGAUGCCUGAGCUUGCACAUGCUGUGAUUGGCUUAGAGAGCUGCUCCCAUAAAGACCCAGAUUUUGUUGCGUUCUGUGUGUUGAACAUGCUGAUGGGUGGUGGUGGGUCCUUCAGUGCAGGGGGGCCUGGUAAAGGAAUGUACACUAGGCUAUACCUCAAUGUAUUAAAUAGAUACCAUUGGAUGUACAGUGCAGUGGCAAUGAACCAUGCCUACAAUGAUAGUGGGGUGUUCACUAUACAGGCCAGUGCACAUCCUAAUCAAUUGAAAGAGCUUAUAGAAGUAAUUGUCAUUGAGCUAGCACAUACCAAGGGUCACGUUGCCCAAAGUGAACUUGGUAGAGCUAAGAAGCAACUACAGUCCAUGUUGUUAAUGAACUUAGAGUCGAGACCUGUUGUAUUUGAGGACAUUGGCAGACAGGUCCUAUCUCAGGGAAAGAGGGAAAAUGCUGAACAUUACCUUGAUGAAAUAGGUAAGAUAUCUGAGCAUGAUAUCCAGCGUGUUGCAGAGAGAAUGUUGAAUUCCAAGCCAGCAAUAGCAGCAGUAGGGGACCUUACAAAUAUGCCAAGUUAUGAAGACAUUGAAGUAGGACUUGCUAGUGACAAUGGAAAAAUGCCAAAUAAAUUCUUUCUCUUUAGGUAGCGAUAUGUGCAAAUUAGGAGAUAUCCAGGAGCAAUUUAGGAAAUAUGUACCCUUGGCAAGAGCUGAGCUAUGUACACUCUUUACACCACAGUAUUUAAAUGAGAGACCAAAUGACUAAAUAAUAAAUGAACCUCUGUAAGUGGAACACCUCCCAAAUGGAACACUUUUUAGUGGAACCAAAGGUUCAGGUUUUACACUACUUGUAUGUGAAUAUGUAGAAUUAUGGUCCCCUAGGGAUUAAGUCUCUCCUUUGUAGUAUUCGCUUGACUGAUUUGAUAAUAAAGAUAUAAGGAAGUUAGUUGUAACUAGGUCCCUGGAAAAACCAAUUGAGAGGUCAACAGUUAUCCC